UUCUAGAAUUCCUAGAGAUUCUGACUCAACACUGGGAGUGGCUGUUCAGUCUCUUCUCAGCUCUUGAGUGUGCCACACUAGAGAUCUCUCUUCUCCUAAAUCAAAAUGAAGGAGUUAAUCUUCCUGUGUCUUUAUCUGCUUGGAUCUGCCAGAGGAGCGCCUCCAGGUCAGCCUGAUGAGCUCGACUCUGUAGACCGCCAAGCUUCUGUUCAGCAACUUUCAAGUGAGUAUUUCUCACUCGCAAACCCUUCGGACGUCGAGGCUUUAUACGAAACUCCUUCAGGUGAGAAAGCUCUGACUGAUCAUAGUUCAAGCGAACAUGAAUCAAGUGAACACACUUCAGGUGAGCAUACUUCAGAAGAACAGUCUUCAGAACUUAUAUCAGGUGAGCACAUGUCAGGCCAGCAUAUUACAGGAGGGCACAUUACAGGAGAGCACAUCACGGGCGAGCACACUUCGGGCGAGCACACUUCGGGCGAGCACACUUCGGGCGAGCCUGCAGAACAGUCAAGUGAAGCAGCUUCAGAAACGUCUUCAGCCGAACAAGUUUCAGGUGAAAAGCCUGAGGAAGUGGAACAGGUUGCUAGCGAGGCUUCAGGUGAAAAGAAUGAGGCUAUGAGUACACCAUUUCCAAGCUCAUCUUCAGGGGCAGCAAUAAACUGCCACACAUGUGCUUAUAUGAACGACGAUGGAAAAUGUCUUCGUGGAGAAGGAGUAUGCACCACCCAAAAUUCCCAGCAGUGCAUGCUAAAGAAGAUCUUUGAAGGUGGAAAACUCCAGUUCAUGGUUCAAGGGUGUGAGAACAUGUGCCCAUCUAUGAACCUCUUCUCUCACGGGACAAGAAUGCAAAUUAUGUGCUGUCGGAAUGAACCUCUCUGCAACAAGACCUAGAAGACC